GACUGCUGUUGUUGACACUCUGCACCUACAAAGAUGGAGAUAUUCCUGCUUUAAUCGCAAAAAAAUUGAGCUUAAGCUAAUUAUCUGUAACCAUAUCGCCAUGAUUAUUCAGUCAUAAUUUACAGUUUUGUCCUCUGGCGAUCAGUUUACUGUCGCUAACGGCUGCUCAUUUUACUACGUUGCUAACAGAGGCUAACAGAGGGAUUUAGCUAAUGAGUAAAACUGCUAAAAACCAGCUGGCAGAAUUAACGUUUCACAUUGAAGACGCACGUUUAUCAAAACUAGGCUGUUCAAUCGGGUUUGGACAUCCCUGAAAUCAAGAUGUCCGUAGAGCUAGAUGUGUUCGUUGGAAACACCACCAUCAUGGAUGAGGAGGUUUACCGGCUCUGGCUGGAUGGACACACGGUGAACGAUGCAGUGAAGGUGCGUAUGGACGGAGGCGUGCUGGAUGAGUGUGAGGCCAACGCAGAUGUUCUCCUUAGCGACACCAUGGACCAGUACAGGACUUUCCAGAUGUGUGAACGUCUGCUUCACAGUCCGGCCAAACUCGCAAACCAGCUGCUCUUCCAGAUCCCGCCUCACCGGCAAGCCAUGCUCAUAGAGAGGUACUAUGCCUUUGAUGAUGCAUUUAUACGUGAGAUCUUAGGAAAGAAACUCUCUAAAGGAACAAAGAAAGAUUUGGACGAUAUCAGUACCAAGACAGGUGUGACACUGAAAAGCUGCAGACGACAGUUUGACAACUUCAAACGUGUUUUCAAAGUUGUGGAAGAGCUGAAGGGACCCCUGGUGGAGAACAUACGUCAGCAUUUCCUUCUCUCUGACAAGCUUGCGAGGGAUUACGCUGCCAUUGUUUUCUUUGCCAACAACCGCUUUGAGACGGGGAAAAAAAAGCUGCAGUAUCUCACCUUCCAGGACUUUGCUUUCUGUGCCGGGCAGCUUAUCAACAACUGGACAGUUGGGGCCUUUGACAACAUGGUGGAAGACAUGGACGUCGAUCUCGAUAAAGAGUUUUUACAGGAGCUGAAAGAGCUGAAAGUUUUAAUCACUGACAAAGAUCUUUUGGAUCAACACAAAAGUUUGGUCUGCACAGCUCUUAGAGGAAAAGCUAAAGCUUUCACAGAGAUGGAAGCUAAUUUUAAAAAUCUCUCCAGAAACCUCGUCAACAUUGCCACUAAGUUAACAAACACCAAAGAUGUCAGAGAUUUCUUCAUUGAUCUUGUAGAGAAGUUCAUCGAGCCGUGCCGUUCAGACCGAUGGACAGCUGCGGACAUAAAACUUUACCUCACCCACUACACCAACUCUGCACACAUUCUGGACACCUUCAAACACCAGGCUGUGUGGGACAGAUACAUGGGCGUGAUCAAAAGCUGCAUCUUCAAAAUGUAUCACGACUGAGGCGUUUCCCUGGCCGCCUGCCUGCUCCUUUUUUUUGUUACUGGUUUGCCUGCCUCCUCUCUAAUGCUGUCAUUCUCUCUCUUCAGUUCUGCUUUCUCCGUUUGUUUUGGCAGUGAUCAUUUUUUUACUUUCCAUGUUGAAUUAUUGCCUCAUUCAUCGUUCAGUUUCUGUAAAGUUGGUUUGUAAAUAAAAUAAAAGCUUUACCACUGGA